UUUUUAUUUUUAUUUUUUUUUUUUUGAAAAAAUGUCUUUGCCUUCUCUUCGUGAACUUGGUAAAACUGGGGUGAAAAUCCCUGCAAUCGGUUUAGGAUGCAUGAACAUGAGUAGUCUUUACGGGGCAGCUGAUGAACAGGAAAAUAUUAAAAUAUUAAAUCGAGCAAUUGAACUAGGAUGUACCUUUUGGGAUACUGCUGAUAUGUAUGGAUUAGGAGACAAUGAAAUCCUUCUUUCAAAAGUUCUUAAAGAACAUCGUAAUGAAGUAUUUCUUUGUACAAAGUUUGCAUUCUUACAAGAAAAUGGCGAAAUUAAGGUAUCAGGUAAACCUGAAUAUGUUCGUCAAGCUUGUGAAAAUUCUUUAAAAAGAUUGGGAAUAGAUUAUAUCGAUCUUUAUUAUCAACAUCGUGUGGAUCCUAAUACACCCAUUGAAGACACUGUCGGCGCUUUAGCAGAACUUGUUAAAGAAGGAAAAGUUAAAUAUAUUGGUCUUUCUGAAUGUUCCGCCGAAACUCUUCGACGCGCUUAUAAAGUUCAUCCAAUUGCCGCAGUUCAGACGGAAUAUAGUCCUUGGACUCUUGAUAUUGAAAAAAAUGGAGUUCUGGAAGCUUGUCGUGAAUUAGGUGUCACUAUGGUAGCUUAUAGUCCACUAGGGCGCGGCUUUCUAACAGGAAAAUUUAAAUCUAUUGAUGAUUUUGAACCAAAUGAUUUUAGAAGAACAGUUCCACGUUUUCAAGGUGAAAAUUUCAAUAAAAAUUUGGAACUUGUACAAAAAUUCAAUGAAUUUGCGAGUAAGAAAGGAAUAACUACAGGUCAACUAUGUUUAGCUUGGGUUAUCGGUCAGGGUGAGAACUUUGUUACUAUUCCUGGUACAAAAAGAUUGAAAUAUUUGGAAGAAAAUUUUGAAGCAAGAAAUAUUCACCUUAGUCCUGAGGAAUUAUCAGAAAUUAGGAAAAUUAUUGAUUCUAUUGAAAUCGCUGGUGAAAGAUACGAUGAAAAUAUUGCGAAGUUUACGGAUAAAUAAAAAAAAAUCAUUCCAAUUAUAAGUGGACUAUAUUAAAUAAAUUUUCAUUGAAU